UCGUCACUUAACUUUGGCGGGAAAGAAGGUAACAUUUGUUUUUCAAGGAUUAAGAGCGUAUGCUGUUGCGUACUUCGAAUCUGAGGCUGAGAUUAAUAAGAGUCUCAGAUGCAGACCAGAACCCGCAGGCACCACGAAAACAACAAAGUGGACAGAGCUGCAUCUCUCUUGAAAGCGUGCAUCUCCCUUCCCCACCUCAAACAGAUCCAUGCGUAUAUCUUCCGAUCAAAUCUCCACCAGAACAACUCUCUCGCUUCCACCCUCGUCUCUCUCUAUGCUUUCUUCUCCUUUCCACGCUACACCCUCCUCGUUUUCUCCUCUGUUUCGCACCCAAACCUGUCCCUCUUCAACCACAGCAUCAGGGCUUUCUCCAAGAUCCCAACCCUCUGCAUUCAGUCCAUCCAUCUUUAUCUCCAAAUGAUUCGUAAUGGAAUCAGACCCGAUAAUUUCACUUACCCUUUCCUCCUGAAUUCGUGUGCCGCGCUGUCCGCUCUCCAUCACGGAACCGAGAUCCAUGGACGUCUUACCAGUACUGGAUUUGGGUCGUACUUGCCAGUUUGCAAUGCGUUGAUUGACAUGUACGGCAAAUGCAAUGCAUUAGAUCGAUCAUACGGUGUAUUCGAUGAAAUGCCGGAGAAAGAUGUCGUUUCCUAUAACGCGCUUUUGGGAGCCCACGCGAGGCUCGGGGAAGAUAUGCGUCUUGCACAGAGAUUGUUUGAUCAUAUGCCGGUGAGUAAUGUGAUAUCUUGGAAUGCUAUGAUUGUUGGCUAUGUAAAUAGUAGAGAUCUAGAUUCAGCAAGAGCCGUUUUUGACAGGAUGCCUGAAAGGAAUGUUGUUUCUUGGACGACGAUGCUUGUGGGAUACACCAAACAUGGGCUUGUUGGUUCAGCCAGGGCUCUUUUUGAUGCAAUGCCGCAGCGAAAUUUGAUUUCGUGGACGGCGAUGAUCACUGGGUACGCUCAGAAUGGACAGCCCAGUGAGGCUCUGUCAUUAUUCCACAGAAUGGAGGAAGCGAGGGUAAAACCUGAUGCUGCCACAAUGACUGGCGUGAUCUCUGCAUGUGCACAGUUGGGAGGCACGGAGUUAGUCCAGUGGGUUGCUUCUUAUGUGGAUCAACAAGGCAUCGAACGGAACGAACGAGUCCUCACUGCGCUGGUGGAUAUGCACGCCAAGUGUGGAAACAUGGAGGAAGCAUGUCGCCUGUUUGAGGAAAUUCCUCAACCCGAUGUUUUCUCCUACAGCGCACUUAUCACGGGGCUUGCUUCUCACGGACAUGGAAUCAAAGCUCUCGAAAUUUUUCGUAGAAUGCAAGCUGCAGAUAUCGAACCAGACGAUAUCACAUUUGUUGGGGUAUUGACUGCUUGUAGCCAUACGGGUCUUGUUGAAGAUGGCUUGAGAUUCUGGGAAAGCAUGGCAAAAGUUUACCGGAUUGAGCCUGGUGCAGACCACUAUGCUUGCAUUGUUGAUAUGCUUGGACGUGCUGGGCAACUUGAAGAAGCCCAUCGACUGGUGAAGAGCAUGCCCAUGGGGCCGCACCCUGGAGCUCUGGGUGCUCUUCUUGCGGCUUGUAGGACGUACGGCAAUGUGCAGAUCGCAGAAAGGGUUGCCCAGCAACUGUUCGAGUUGGAGCCACAGAACACAGGGAAUUAUAUGCUUCUUGCUAGCAUCUAUGCUUCAAAGGAGCAAUGGGAGGAAGCCACUAGGGUUCGGGUUGCCAUGAAGGAAAGAGGUAUGAAUAAGCUUCCUGGAUGUAGUUGGAUUUGAGUUCAAUUACUAGUA